AUGUUCGUGUAUUCAAAGCUGAUUCCGAUGUCACUCAAAGGCCUUCCUGCCGAUUUAGAGCUUACUGCAUGGACAUUUGAUCCCGAGGACCCGUUGGAAAAGGUGGUCAUGGGUGUCCGGCAUCGCAGCCGCCCGAUUUUUGGAGCCCAGUGGCAUCCCGAGAGUGUUUGCUCCACACAUGGCCAGCAGAUUAUUAACAAUUUUCGCGAUAUUGCACUCCAGUUCUGGGCCGGAGACCGCCCGUGGAAUAAUCCGACACCACGAUGUCUUCUUGAAAACGCCUCUUUGCCGCCCCCUAUUUCAAGCAAGUGCGCCAUUGUUGAAGAGGCCCGGCAGGUGGUGUUGGGCGAGUCUCUUCCCGCUCGUCGUGCCCCCGACACACAUUUACGUAGCUACUACGUCAAGUCCGUAACUCUUGGAAAAGGCCCUGAAGCAGGUGUGCUGUUCGAUGCAGUUUUCCGCAACACCUCACUCGAUGGUGAGGCGUGGCUUGACAGCGCAAGGGUUCGCGACGUACACUCAAGAAAUUCUUAUUUAGCCGCCGCUUCGUUUACGCUUAGCUACUCAUCUCGAUCAAAGGUUCUAUCCGUCUAUCAGCAGGGUAAACGUUUGAUGUUUGAGCGGCUCCUUUCUUCUUACUGGUCAUGGCUCGACUACUUUCAUUCCAAUAUUAUCCAGAAAAACGUGGAUGCGCUUGACGCGGGCUCUCUGGGUCAGGAAGCCGAAGUCGGUCAGCCGUUGCUCCAGCUAGGCCUGAUCGGUUAUUUUGGCUUUGAAAUGAAACGCGAAGCGCUAUCCGGCUACAGGUAUGGGGCUACCGACCCUGGUGAAGAACCUAACACUCUCCCGGAUAGUCAACACAUGUUCGCAAGUAGCGUGCUCCGUUUAGACAAUUAUACUGGAGAGUGGAAAUUGUUCAGUUUAAUCCGCCGGGGCGCUGAAGAUCCAAUCGGUGGUCACAUAGAUUCUGUUUCUCCCGUUGGCCUGACAGAGGCUGAAUUCGAUUCCCUGCUGGAGCGUGUUAGACGUCCCUUCUCCCCCGACUUCACAAAGCUUCCUUCGACUAUCCCAGAACCACUACCAAGCUUUACCGCCCUUGACGAUGAAAAGUCAUACAGUCAAAAGAUUCGAGCUGCGCAGAAUGCUAUUAAAGAAGGCGAAGCAUAUGAGCUAACGCUCACAACAAAAUUCAAUGCGUCGGACUCUGGGGCGGAUCCAUACGCACUAUACCUUUCUCUCAGGGCACGUAACCCGGCGCCUUAUUCCGCUUAUAUCAAUUUCCCAGUUCAUAAUAUUGCCAUUCUAUCUUCAUCGCCUGAGAGGUUCAUAUCCAUAGAUGCUAACGGCGUGGCGGAAAUGAAACCAAUCAAGGGAACUCUUGCCGUCAGCCCGGAUAAAGAGGAGGAUGAGCGGAGGAAGCACCAACUAGCGACGGACGUGAAAGAGCUAGCGGAGAAUCUAAUGCUCGUCACGACCAUCCAAUCGCACAUUGCCCCCAAUGUAGGGGGUGUCCAUGUUCUCAAGCGCUGUUUCCCACCGGGAUCCAUGACAGGAGCCCCCAAGCUCCGGGCCGUACAGAUCCUAGACGGCCUUGAAGAAAAGCGUGAGCGCGGCAUCUAUUCCGGUAGUCUGGGGUAUCUAUGUGCCAGCGGCACUGUUGACCAAUCGGUUAUCAUCCGCACGAUUGUGAAACACGGAGAUCAACUCGAGUUAGGUGCCGGGGGCGCGAUUACAUGGCUAAGUGAGGCGGAUAAGGAGUGGGAUGAGGUUAUGGUGAAAGCAAACGCUGUUGCCACCGGAUUGCCAAAAGGUGAAGUUGCCAAGUGA